UUCUUGGCGUGAAGGGGAAAGCGGCAGUUUUUGAAGUAAAAAUGGCGGCUCGGAAUAGUCUGCAAACUAACAGAUCAAAGAACCUGACUGCAAGUAAACAGCUGAAAACUGAGAAUGAGCCAAAGACAGGCUAUAGUGCUUCAACACAAUCUUCCCAAAACAGGGCCAUGCAGGCUGCUUCAAAGCAACUGACCAACAAGCCUAAUACACCAAAUCUUAGGCGGCGAGGUUCUUUUGGACAGGACAAAACUUUAAAGGGUGAAUUAAGUGGGUCUGGCAGACAGGUUAAGAGUUCAAAAAGUGUGCCAGAUUUAAGUGAAUCAAAAUACUUAUCUGCUGCACAAAAAACAUCCUCAACAGCAAUGCAUUGUCAGAGGCCAACUAUGGCACCUACUCCAACAAAGACAAGAUUGAGCCAGUGCAGUUCUACACAAAAAACACAUGGUGCUUCUCAAAACAUAACAAUCAAGAAAUCAGAUAAAGAAGAAAAUGAAGGAUCAGACCUAUCAACCUCAAUGGAGCAGUGUAUCAGGAAAUUAAAAGGGGCCCGAGUUGUACCAUCUCGAUUUCGACAAGCUGCAGCCAUGAGGAAGAAAGUGGUCAACAAGGGUCAUGAGAAAAGUUCCGCAUCUGAACUGAAACGACUAAAUGCAGAGAAAAAGCACUUAGACCUCCACUCUACAGGUCUCGAAGAAGGCAUGCUUAUGCCUUCUCUGAACUGGGAUUUGUCAGCUGUGAAAUCUGAAUAUUCUCCAGUUGAAGUACCGGAAUGUCCAACCAUUAUGGAAUCUACUUUGGUGUCUCCUCCCCUGUCUGAAGAAGAUGAAAUAGAUGCAAUGGAUUUUGAUGAAUUGCUGUUCUUCUAUAUGACCACUACGAGGGAAAAUUAUUUGGAGAAAUACCAAGAAAAUGCAGAACGGAACUUACUGCUGCUUGAAGAGCAAAACCAGCGUUUGGGGAGAGAGAUAUUUGAAUAUAAGCAAAAGUACAUUAUGUGGGAAAAUAAAAAGCAGUUGAAUUCGAUAAUAGAUCAGCAGAUGGAUCAUUUUAAACAAGUGGCGCCACGUGUCCAGCUGUUCAAAAUUCAGUACAAAUCCUUGGCUCAAGCUCUUGAUGCAACAAGGCACAGCCUUCAAGUGAAGAACAUAUAUAUGUCAGAAGACCCAAGGGAGGACUUGGAAAAAUUGAAAAUGUAUCUGGAAACAACACAACAGCUUCUAAAUGGACUUGGACUUGGAAUAGACAAAGAAAAUACAGAAGCUUUGGCUGCAUUUAAGGAGCUUGGGGUGACUGUUCAAGACACAGAUAAAGAGAUGAAAAGUUUUAUCAGGAAGAUCGAAGAAAUGGCUUCUUGCAUCAGCAGAGAGACUGCUCUUCUUCAUCAAGAACUAGAUGUACAAAUUAUGGGGAUGGAUGUCUCGGCAAAGGGAAUUUUCAAAUACCCCUUUCCCCUUUUCUGUUAAUUCAAUUGCACAUAUGUAACAUGCUAGAUUUUAUUGUACACAUUUGUUUGGUAAAUAAAAUGAAUAAUACUUUCUCUUUGCAUAUGGUCAUCAAGGUUAGGAUUGUGUUAACUGGCAUAGCAAAAUGUAGCUUUGCAUGCCAUAGUUUGCAUUGUUUGUCUCUCAGAUGAAGAGAAUGCUUCUUCAUGGGGAGUGAAGACAAAUCUCUGGUACAGCCCAUUGAUGGGCAGCCUUGUCCUUUUGGAAAAGAUGAUGCAGGCAGUUCCUCUGUUACUUCUGAUUUCAGGGUAGCUGCCUGUCUUGGGGUCAAUCAAGUAUGAGAGUGAAGAUUGCAUUUUUAAUGUGUAAAAGCCAUUCUGUUGGUCCUGGGCAUCACCACAUCCUCAAAGAUCUCUUGUGUUGAUCUUUAGUUUGUGAUCUAGUGAAUCGUAUUUUGAAAUCAUUCACCAGUUAAUUAUAACAAACUAAACUUCAAGAUGCCCACAAUAAGGAAAAUAAUAGGCAAAUGAUCCCUGGAACUGCCGCUACCUAGCAAUUCCUUUUUAAAGAACUGACAAGCACCGAAAAGCUGUCACUGAAUGCAAAUGUCUUCCAUUUUAAAAUUUAUGGACACUGGCUGUUCAGUGACACAUAUUACCCCACGAAGUUUCUUUGUUGUUACAGUAUUAGACUGCAAAUGGUUCUAUGAGCCUUGUUCUCUUAAUUUUUAUACUUCAAAUCAGGUGAUAAGUUCAUUGGUAAUAAGCUCCAGUCAGAGAUGGUUUUGAAUUGAAUAUUUUAAGGAGAUAUUCUGUUUAGCAUACUUGCUAAUUUUUUUGUACUUGGCUCUUGAGCAAAAUAAUAAUUUGAAAUUAUAAUAUUUUUCAGGAUAAAUUCUGUUCUGGGAAAUUUUUUAAUUAUACUGCAAUGCCAAAUCUCCAUACGCUUUUUUGUCUAAGCCAUAAACAUCUGUUUUGCAAUUCAUUUGGGCCCCGACAGAAUAAUCAAUCCCACCAGUACUGUGCAAUAAGGGUUUAGAAGAAAUUGCUGUUUUCUUAACUCAUUAAAAGUAGUUCCCCAACUUGCAAUAAAGCAGUUUUAUUCCCGUGUUGUGUAUCAUUAAAGAUUACUAAUAGUAAUUACAUCUUUGUUUGCACUUAAGAGCAAUUUUGUGGAUUGGUAUGAAUCCUGAAAUUCAUAAAGGAUUUAUAUUUUUCUUCCAUUUUUCCAAGUUGGCUUUUUUUUCACCAGACACAAAGAGAACAUUGCCAGAAGUCAGCUACCUUAACUUCUGAUUCUGCCUCAUGGAUUAGGCUGUUUGACCAGGUGUAAUGUACUUUUGCUUUGUUUUUCUUGCUUUUGGCACCAUACCUGCUCUCUGGUGUGCCAUCAUGGGCAAGUGCAACACUGAAGUAGAGGUUGCUUUGUGAGGUUAUUGCAGAUGGAGCAUUGCAUUGCACCUGGCUAUCCUUUCACAAAUUGCAUGGUGUGUGUUGGCACAGCCUUCUGCUGAAGACUGAAAAUGAAGAUGAUCUACUGCCAGACCUAUUUGUUUACUUGUAAGAUGCUGAUUCCAUUCUCUUUCCAACAAGUGUCAAUAAAU